UUGCUCAGCAAACAGAUGUUGUGCGAGAGGCCCAACAUGUGGACACCGUGACGUACAUUAACAUGUUAUUCCCCAGAGAAAAAGCUGCAUGCAUUUCGGUUGUUCACACGGCAAAUAGCCUACGUUUCUCUCUCUUUCUGACGUGGAGAUAUGGUUCAAGGACUUGACCUUUUAUCAGGCGUGUCUUCGCUGAGGUGUACGGGAAUGCCAGUAGACGUGUUGGUACGAUCACGGUACAAUAUGAGGCAUAAAUCUCCAAAAUGAACCUGAUGUACACAGCCAUAAGCAACAGCUUAUCCCAAGCCGAGCCAAAGUUGUCACCUCUCGGUUUCAUUCAGCGUUUGUUUUUUCUUUGUCUUCUUUUUUUCCUUGCUUGUGAAAGUAUGGGUUUUUAAAAACAGCUGGCUGACAAUUUCCUUCAGGUUUGUUCAAUAACCUGAAUACGAAAUCACGGGCCCACACAGCACACCCUGCAGAGUCUCGAUCACAUCCUCCCUUAAACACUGAGCCCUAAAUGUUUACUUAUGUUUCCUAUUUGGAGGAGACAGCCCAAAAGGCAAAUAAAUCACACGCUGUGAGUCGGCCAGGCCUUCAACUGUGAGAAACGGAGACUAAAAAGCAGAACAAGAGUUAAAGACUAAAGGGUUUUCAGAUGUGCGGCCAGCAGCCCUGCUUUGGUGUGUGUGCUCCUUUUUUUAUUUGGGAGAAUGGAGAGAGACACGACAAUCUUUGUAGCCUCCACCCCUUUCAAAGGCACCAAAGAAAUCCUAAAGAAAUGUGAAUUGGGGAGAGGGGAAGAGCUGUUGCCAAGGCACAGGGGCAGGCAGACGGGAGAACGUCAGGAGAACAUCUGGUAACCGUGGGUAACACCACUCGGACAUCUGGUGACGGAAGGUUACUUUGUGUCUCUCUUCCACCCUGGCGGGUUUCCUGUUAUGCCUCGGCUCGCUCUCAGGGAGAAGUUAGCAGCUCGCCGUAUAGAUGGUCGUCACUUUUCAGGGAACGCAACCCACCUCUGCUCGCUCUCUUCCUGACAUGACGGGAGUGCUUGGUUUCCUCGGCGUCCUCCUCUCGGUUCUCGCUGAAAGCAGUAAUGGAGAGUCCAUUGUAAUACGCGAAUGUGGGGAAAAGACACCAAUAUGUGAAGCUUACUGCGAUAUCUGCAAUGGCUGGGACCAAAUGUGGUGCCUCUCGGAGAUCAUAGAACAUCAGUGCCAUAAACCUUUUCGAAUCCAUAUGGAUCUGCACAACAGCACCAACUGGUGUGUCUGGAGUAACGUGAGGAGUGCGUACAACAACUUCACUACCUGCACCGAGGAAAUCGCAGAGUGUCUCUUGAUCCCGUGGCCCAACCCGAUGGUGGAGGAAAUGUUCCUGAAGAUUCACGCCACCUACUUCCACGACUGCCCCACCGAGGAGCUGAGUGACCCCCCGCCGGGCGUCGUCCUCGCCUUGGUCAUGACCCCCAUCUGCCUGAUCCCCGUCAUGGUGGUGCUGGUGGUUCUGAAGACCAAGAAUGGAGACGGGAGCUCCUGAGGACGGAACACAGAGACAUCUCAAUAUCUCCGGAAAUAAUGAUAUCAACCAGAAAUAAUGAUAUGCCAUCUCCCAUUAUGCUAGCUUCCAUAUGUCCGUGCGUGAAUACCCGACUUCAGAUGUUUUAAACAUGAGAAAAAACCUCUAGUGUUCUGAUGUGAAUCCAUCGAAUGGACCGAAACUCCCAACGCCCUUCACACCAUUGCAGGGCACUCCACCUGGGAAACUAGCAAACGUGGGAAUUUGGUGCUUUACGUUUUUUAUUCCAUAUUUCAGACUUUUUCCAUGCCAUUGGGGCCACGACUGGCGUACUCUGUGUCCUUUACCGAAAACAUGCUAGCUUGAUUUAAAUGAAAUGAUGUGUAGCAGAUGUAAAAGCAUCUACUUGGAAAUGAGCAUAACAUAGAGAUAAUCAGAAAGAGGUUCCUAGAAACAAGAUCAACUCUCUGCAAUCACUGCAAUGCACUGAAUUAGAAUGAACAACUUAGGUGAGAACAUUGUGUUGUCACAGAAGUCUAUGUUAGAUGUAAUGGAAGGAUUUAGGGAGGCAUCACAUGGAGACUGGAACGAAAUCUUCACCUGAUGAAUAAGUUAAUCUUACUGCUAGUAUCAAGAUGACAAAAGCUCUCAGGCUUGCAAAGCUUAAGACAAAGUGUGAGGAUGUUCCCCGAGCUGAUGUACAACAUUGUUGUACUAGGGAUGAUUCUUUAAAGCAGUACUAAGUCAGUUUCCUCCAUGGCUGUGUUAGUUCUGUAAUGAGCUGAGCCAAUCCCUAAACCAUAGAAACAUUAAACACUUUUUUAAAAUCGACGGGGGACCCACACGGUAUAGGACACGAAUAGCAAGAACUUAUUUAAAUAUUCAACCUCAAAUGAAUGUAUAUUAUUUUAUCUUAAACAUAUUUAUGAAACCAUACAUCUUUAUAUGAUUUAAAAUGUAUCGUACUCUUUCUUGACAGGGAUGCAACAGGACACAUGUUCGGUCAAGUCGGCCGUAGUACAUAGAAGGUGUGAGCCAGUGUUGGUCACUUAACCUUUAGCGUCACAAUGGAUGGAAAAGCCAACUCUAAGACAUGUCUUCCAGGUAUUGUCCUUGCGAUAGAUAGUCCUCCCAUCCUCCCACCACACAAUGAUACCCCUAACUGCCUCCGAUGAGCAAGCCGAAGCGUAUUGUAUACUGUAUCUACACCUUGACCUUCGAUUUCAGACGUGGAGAGACGUAAACACUCUUAAUAAGUAACACUGAGCAAUGACAAAAGAGAGACAUGGUUAUCGUUGGCUUCAGUGAUUAUCUAUUCUACUAUUUAGUGGUAUUAUUCUGGAAGGACAACAAAGCCACUUUCAGUGGCUUUCACAUUUGUAAACAAAUAAGAAAUAUGUAUCUAUUUGAAUAUUCUAUCGUCGUCCGGGCAAACUGAAUAUUUAUGUGCUGUUAUUUUCUCAAACAACCGUGUACAUUUGUGUGAGUGACUUAACUGAAUGUCCGAUUUUUAAAAAUGUUGUUGUUGUAGGGAUUAUCUUUGUUUGUACUUUCUGGCCGUCUAAUUUAGCAUAAAUAAAACCUUUUU